UUUAACGAUGAGCAUGAUAUGUUUAUAGAAGCAUUCAGAUUUUGAAAAAGAUCCAAAAAAAGAACAUCUCUCAUAAAAGAUUUCGCCUUUUCGUGAUGAUGAUGAUGACAAGACGUAGGAGAUGGAGAGAUUCUGAAAAGGCUCGCCGCAUCACAUUUUACAGAAAUGGAGAUUAUUUCGAUGCUGGUGUCAAAGUCGCUUUGAGAGGUCCGAAGCCUUUCCCAACCCUUCCUCAUCUUUUGGACUACCUCAGCCAAAAAACACGCAUGCCAGCCAAAAGACUUUUUUCAGUCCAAAAUGGUCAUGAAGUGAAAUCUCUGGAGGGAUUUGAUGACGGGGGAUCGUAUGUAGUGUCUUCCGAUGGAAAAUUUAUUCCAAUGGCUUACGGCAACAUUCCACGUGUCCAAACAUCUUUUCUGGAGACUGCCUUGCCAACUAUAGCUAAGGAUAUGCAACUUUACAGACCUCAGGAACCCAUUACAUUUAAAAGGAAGAAAAAGAAAGAAGAAACAAAACCCUUGCUGGAACCAUUAUCAGCACGAAGAGAGGGAAGACUUUUAACGAUUGCUACAAGAAAAGGUGACAGUUCAACAAAGCUUCUUUUCAAUGACAAAAAUCCACCACCAUUUGAAGAACUUUUGAGGGAUUUCGGGAGAGCUUUAGGAUUGCAUAAAGUUAAAAAAAUGGCCACUGCUUCCGGUCGACAGCUGGAACCAUUAUCAGCACGAAGAGAAGGUAGACUUUUAACGAUUUCUACAAGAAAAGGUGACAGUUCAACAAAGCUUCUUUUCAAUGACAAAAAUCCACCACCAUUUGAAGAACUAUUGCGGGACUUCGGGAGAGCAUUGGGAUUGCACAAAGUAAAAAAAAUGGCCACUGCUUCCGGUCGACAGGUACGAAGUUUAUCUCAAAUGAAGAAUGAAUUUUAUGAUGUUGAUACUUUUUACCUUGAAGAAGAUUUUCAUCUUCAAGAAAAAAAGUUGCAGUCUGCUAAUUAUGUGAAACCUAAAGAAAACAAAUCAGAAGUUUCCAGAAAAUUAAUAAGUUCCUAUAGCACACGCAGACAAAAGACACCUCUUCAAUUAGAUUGGGUUCAUGGAUAUGACGGUAGUAAAAUGUUGGCCCUAGAUGAUGGGGAACUUUUAUAUGCUGUUGGUAAUAUUAUUGUUUUGUAUAAAAGAGUUAAUGCAAGACAGCGACAUUAUUUAGAUCACACGGAAAAUAUAUGUAGCAUGUGUCUCCAUCCUUCAAGAAGAAUGGUUGCUUCUGGACAAAUAUCGUCUGAGGAACAAGAAGCAGCAAUCCAUAUUUGGCUUGUGGAGACUCUUCACACUGUGUCAGUUUUAAACAGACUCAACGGAAAUCCUGUUUCUAUAGACUUUUCAAGCCAUGAUUUUGUCUUGCUAAGCAUUGAAGUGGGUGGCGAUGAAGAUUGUCUUUCCCUCUGGGAUUGGGAAGGAGAUGCUUUACUAGCACGAGUUCAGAUGGAAGGUGAAAGGCUUUCAGGAGGUUGCUUUCAUCCAACAGAGUCAGAUUUAGCUAUCACAUUUGGUAAACACCACAUGGCUUUCUGGAGGCGAAAAAAAGAUGGUUUUCUCACAAGAUCUGAUGUUUUGGCACCGGGACAUUCGGGUCGCACAAUUCGAAGUUGGGCAUUUAUUGGAGAAUCGAAUUUGGCAGUUGGAGAUUCAAGUGGUUAUCUCACACUUUGGUCAAUCCGUCCUGGAGAUGAUUACAAAAUUGUGAAGGAAGUAAGAGCUCAUCAGGGUGAGGUGAAAUCCCUUUUAGCCAUGCGUGAAGGAACCUUGAUAUCUGGAGGAGAUGACCAAUUGAAGGCUUGGGACACGCACGAAAGAUUACUACACCUGGCCACCACAGAUUUACAAGAAAAGCAUGUGAGAACACUUUGCAUGCAGGGGCCGAGUGAUGCUACUCUUUACGUUGGUACAACAAAAUACAUUCUCGAAGGAUCGAUGCAAAGUUCUUUCAGGAUAUUUGUGCAGGGUAUAGAAGGAGAAAUAUUAGAUCUUGCGAUUGAUGAUGAAGAAAAUACUUUUGUAACUGUUGAUCGUUUGAGAAAUAUAGGCAGAUGGACCACUCGUUAUUUACUAUGGGAAACAAAGCCUCAGAUGGAGUGUUGCAGUAUUGGUUUCCAUCCAGAAGGGCGUGCAAUCGUAGCUGGAGGAGUGAAUGGCAAACUUCUUGUCCUUCACUCGGAAGCUGGACUAGUUGUUGCAACAAUAUUUGUCGCUGAUGAUGCUUUGAAUGCCCUAUCUUUCAAUGGAGAUGGUUCAAUAUUAGCAAUAGGUUGUGAAGACGGUAACAUCUACGUCUGUGGAUCCAAGAACCAUGGUUAUCUUUUCAAAAUACAUACAGUUCUAAAAAACAACGGUCCUAUUUUACAAAUGGAUUGGUCUUCAGACGGAGAGUAUCUGCAGUCAUCGUAUAGAAAAGAAAAUUUUUGUGAAGUUUCACUGUGGAAAGUAUCAGAAUCGAAGAAAGUAAGCACAUCUCAAGCUCAGAAGAUGGAUUGGCCACAACACACUUGCACUCUUUCUCAUAAUGUUUUGGGAAUCUGGAAACAAGUAAAGGAUGUUUUCUAUCUAAGCUGUCACAGAAAAAACUCAAAACUCGUAACAGGGUCACAGGAUGGAACAAUAAGAAUAUUUCCUUAUCCAUACGGAGAAACAGUUGAAUCUCCAUUUGAAGAAUGCAAAAUAACUUGGCAGCCAAUAAAUGUAGUGCGUUUUCUAAGCUCCAACUGCAUAUUAUCAUGUUCUGGAACGUCUGUUUUAGUUUGGAAUGUCAAAAAAUCUUCUACUUAAAUUAUAUAGUGUAUUUUUUUUAUAUUUUUAAAAGCCAAACAGUCCUUUAUACAUAAAAAUUGUACUCGUCAAAAAUUAUUUAAAAAAUAA